AAUAAGCUAGCCUUUUUUAAGGAUUUUGUUGCUAUACCUUAUACAAAUUAAAAAAAAGUUGUUAUUGGAAUUUAUUCUAUUCCCAAUUUUAGAGAAUCCACUGCCAAAAUUAUAUCCUUCACUCAUUCCCUAUCCUCUUAUUAUAAUAAUAUUUCUCCAGAAGAAUUUGUAAUGAUAUUCAAUAAAGAUAAUGAAACUAAUUAUGUAAAAAAUUAUUCAUAUUUAGCCUUCUAUUUUCAUUAAUAUUUACUAUGAUAAUAGAUAUGAUUAAUUUCCUAUUGAAUAGUUUUAAAUCAGAAGCGAUCCAUAAAUUCUAUUAAGAAAUUCCACUUCAUAUGAAAAUGAGCUUUAAAUUUAAAUUUGUUUAAAAAAUGAUUUUAACCAAAUUUGUGGUAAUGCAACUUUAACAUCCAUCAACAAAACUAAAAUAAGCAAUCCAAUUUUAGAUGAAAAAUUCUUGGAAUGA